UGUUGUUGUCCUAAUUCUGUUGGAAAAAUUGUCGCUACCUAAAUUUAAAUAACGCUAUUUGAGGAAUAGUUAAACAAGGUGAGAAUUAACAUUACAAUUGGAGAUGUAAGCGUCUGGCGGGCUGCUUUGACUUUUUGCAAAAUGAGCAGCCUAAAGAUUAGACAAGAAUCUAGCGACAGACAAAGUAUGUCACCGAAAGGACAGCGUUUACAGCGAGGGCAAUUCGACGAAGCCGUUUCUUGCGUGGCAAAUACUAAGUAACCACCGGGCGCUGGCUUCAAUUGCAUAAUCAGUCAUAAUUUUUAAAUUAUGACUGAUUAAGCGGUGCUUUACAGGUCUCUAUCGUUAUUGUUUGAUUGCCGCGUAAAAGUUAAAUAUUUUGGCGGCCUUCUGCCUGUAAGACUCGCAUUUAAAAAGCGAAAUCAAGUACUCUUGACCGACGUUUUCCUUCAAAUCGUGGCUCGUAAAUUGAAAAAUAUGUCAGAUGUGCGCCUGCUAAAAAUUCAUCUUGCCCCGAGGCAGGAUGACGGCGCCUUUAAAGAUUGGUAAGGUUUAACAAAAUUUGGCACGGAAAAAAAUUACCGGACACAUUUGAGACAGAUUUUAUUCGCAUAAUAAGAAAAAUUUUCCUAGUGCUCCCGAGCCGUCAUAUUUCGCUAAUCGCGGCGAUCGGCGUUGAAAAUCGCCAAGUAUGUCGGCAAAACUUAGAAACAACCACACGUGAAAUCGAAAUGAAUAGCCAAUGAAAAAAUAUAUUUUUCCGAUUUUCGCCGUUAACUAACAACGAAAAUCAGAUGAGUUCAAUAUAUAAGGCAAACUUUUAGCAUAAAAUGUUUUAUAUCUAUAUAUAUAAAGGAAAUUUAAUGGAAAAUUAGCGAUGAUGAAAACACCGCCUCUAAUUCUGUAGUUUAGAUCGCUUCGGUGACUUCACGUUGCUGUUGGAAUUAUUGCGGUUGAAUGUUGCAGUUGCGAGGUAUGUUGAUUGGUUGAAAAUUGGACACCUGUCAAAUAAAGAUCAGAAGGAUGGAGCUUCAAGAGCUCUCUCUUGGGUGCGUCAUCACACAAAGUGAAUAAAGUUCAUGUUGCGGGUUUUGAGAAUGAGCGACGUGGCUUCUAUGCUGAAAAUGACCAUAUUUAAGCUUAGUGCUAUCAUAUUUAUCUAUGGAGGUGAGUAUUAGGGUUCCUUGUUUAUAGCGAGUACUGUAGUUGUAAUUUGCUUUAGCUGGCUCUUCGGAAUUAGUUGUUUACAAGGUACAAUAAGUCGAACAAUUUCUACCAAGGACGUGUUUUAUAAGCUAAUGUUUCCUCCAUUAUCUCCUCGGGAUAUACGCUAUCAUGAUCACUGUCCAUGAACUUUAAGGGGGUAUUAAUUUGCCUCUUAUUUUUACUUGACCUAAAGUCAUUGAUCGCUCGUAAACGACCGAACGAAGCAAGAUAUGUCAUUGCAUAAAUCAAGCACAUGGUUUUUACUGUCACAUGACUGUGUGAUUCUGUGAUGCUCUCCCGAUCACACAUGCGCAAUGGAAUAACCCUUAGAGAGUUUCUUGCUAUCUGCUCAUCACUCUAAUCGUUAUUUAUCGUUAAAUUCCCCAAUAUUGGUUCAAAUACCGCUGUCUAGUGAUUGUCCAAUCAUUUUGUUAUUUUGCUUAGAACGGCUGUGAAGUAGACUUUACUGGGAUCGACUCAUUAUGGGUAUUUCUUGGGAGUUAGAUCAGUAAUCUGUUCUUAUUGAUCACAGUCGAUAUUUUUCAUCUACUUCCCAGGUGUUAUGGGACAUGCUGUUGUCAAUUUUGCAGCUGCUGAGAAUUAUUCUGGCAAGUUCACAACUACAUUUUGUUUAAAAUUCAUCUCACUAGCAUUGAUUUUCUAAGGCAUAUAUAAAUGUCUGAUAUCAAAAUCAAUUCUAUGUCCACUAAUUUACGUUAACUUUGAACCUACAUAUCCUAUAGCUCUUUGCAUCAAUCAGUCCUUCUGUGCAUUUACAAGGACUUACCUAUAGCCCAUUAGCAGACCAGUAGCUGGGAAUGAACCACCUUUCAAUCAUGCUCGAGCUAGGCAGCAGCCAUUACCAUCGAAAGAAAGGGCCUUUAUAUGAUUAUAUAGCUCAUGUUUUUUGACCCAGAAUUAAACUGAAAGUGACCUUGGUAUUAAAAGCAUAUACUCUCCAUCGCUUUUCUUGGAUAUACAGCUGAUAGUAACUCAUUCUCUUACAUGGCAGUUUCUGGACUAUGUCUUUGUAUGUACCAAGGUAUAAAUUGCCUUAUUUGCUUAAAAUGAAUAUGCUUUUGGGAGCUUAUCAAUUUCCCAGGGUCUCAUCAUGGAUUUCUUUUUAGAGAAGGGCAAGGGAGGUUACCAAAAACAAAAAGCUUUGUGACGGCUGCCAGAAAAGUGAAUACCUGAGAUACAGUCGGCAUCUUUUUGUUGAAGAUUGCUGAUUUUUCCUUGAUGUAAAUAUAUGUAGUUAAAACUUUGGGACAGAAUACUGUUUUCUAGACAUUUCCUAUAGUAUUCACAAGGUGAAUUUGUUUAACAAUCAAGAGCCUCUUUAGGUGGUGAUCAUUUCAUUUAUUCUUGUAGCCUUAAUGAGGGAUUCAGGGAUGAUAUUCUCAGGAGAAAUUAGAUGCUAGUCACUCUUAGGGGUUAAAGGGUUAAAGAUUUUGGACAGAAAUGAUAGGGUGCCAACAUGCAAGUUUUUUAGCUUUUUGUAUGUGUUAUUAUAAACAGGAAAUGGUGUGCAAUGUUAUGCUGGCAAACCACCUUAAAACAGGAUUACAGUGUUACAUGUGGUCAAUUAAUUACAAUGUCAUGUACAUUUUUGCACAGAAAUGCUACUCAAUAUGAAUCAGUGGCUUCAUAGGUUUUAUUUUGGGAAAGUGGGAGAAAAGAGGGUGUAUUUCAGAGGGGGUGGGUGGGGCUAAUCAGACAGGGCAUGUGAGUUAUUGAAUGAAGGAAUGGCAUUAUUUCAAAGCUAGUUAAAUCAAGUAAGUGACAGAAAAUAAUUUUGAUUAAUAAUUUAUUAUUCGGUAAACCUUCAAAAUUUUCUUCAACAGUUCCUCUAGGAGGAACAUGGAAUAUCCAACUCCACAUAACAGACCCAAGGGUAGAUUAUGUCUACCUCAAAAGAGAGGGUAGAAACCAUUCUGAAAAUCGCCUCAUAAAGCUUAACAGAGGUGAAUCUGGAAAUGGCACAUGUUACAAACAGGCACCUGGGUGCCACAAGUAUUACAGUCUUCGCCACAUUGGAGAAAAUGUUAUACAAAUCACAAUGAGACUACUUUUAAAGUCGAUGGAGGGUGUUUAUGGACUGUACGACUACUGCUAUUGGGCAGACCACAACUGUACCAGAGAUGGGCCUAUUAAGACAUUUUUGUUAAUCAUUGAAGGUAAAGUCAGAUGGUUUACUUAUUUUUAGAUAAUUCAUUUGUUGCUAGAAUACCCCAGUGGUCACUUAGUACAUUGUCUUACCCUACAUGUGAUGCAAACAUUGACCGUACCAUAAUUUGUUUCCAAUAAAUGCAGAUGAUCCCAAUUUUUGGCCAAGAGUGAGCUAUUGUGGUUUGAGAUGGACAAGUAGCUUAGCCUAUAUGGGGUAUUAGCAGAAGUUAACAAUAAGUAAUUUCCAUUGAAAUUGUACAUUUGCAGUGACCUCAUGCAAUUUUCUUCAUAUAGUUAUGGAAGAGAAUAACCACAAAGUUCUACCAUUCCUAUAAACUGCUCUGAGAAAACCUUCUCAUUUUCUUAAUUGCAGAUGAGCAAAACACUCCACAAGGAGAAAAAGAAAAUAUGACAGAGGAAAGUCCCACACAAGUGGUUUUCACUGGAUCUGCAAUGAACAUUCAACAAUCAGCUUGGUUAGGUAAUGCUAAUUUGAGCCAUAUGCAAAUCCUCAGCUUCUGCAGAAAAAUAUUUUGAUUUUAGGCCAAUGCAUGCUGUUUUAAAUACAGUGUAAGUUGUUUUUAUCAUUCUUACCACAAAAAGCCAGCAAAGUUCAUGUCAUGAAUUUCAUUACUCCUUUAAUUAACUUGCAAGACCUGUAUUCUUACCCUAUGGCCAGUGGACAAAUUUUGCUGUAAAUUAGUUGGGAAAUUGUGUGGUGUUAGUUAUCAUCCCCUUGUUCUACCUUGUCACACUAUUCUCAUCAGCUCAGUGUUUGCCUUAAAAAAAUUGUUCAAAUUUGAUUAAUCAUUGUUUGUACCAUAAUCUUAUCACUUUCCAUAAGUAUAAUCAACAUGCUUAAACUUAUAUGGUUACUUUUCUUUUACUUUCAGCAAAAUUAACAUCUGUGUCAAUGGUUGUUGUGCCAUACUGGGUUUUUUAACUGACAGCUUAAGAUUGAUACUCUGCAAGAAGGAGCCAGAUUAAAAUUUGAGGACAGGCAGGUUCACUGAUUUGGCUCAAAUUUUGCAUGUACAGUGUAAACUUGGGUAGAGGUUGUUAUCAAAUUAUGUUAUAUUUAAAGGUUGAAAUUUAUUUUUUUGUGGGAAAUAGCUUCUCACUGCGAUUUGGAGCCCAUCUGGGCAUGGAUUUCCUUUUCUUUCUCAUUUAUGUAUCUGUUUUUGCUAUAAAACAAUUCUGCAACUCUUCUUCUGUGUUUUGAAUAUUAAAUUUUGUAGAAAAUAUAAAGGGAAGGGUUUAAACCCACCAUUCAAUUUACUCAGUUUUAGGAGUUUUAAGAUUCCUGAGAUUUUACUGGUGUUGUUUAAAAGCCUCUCCCUUGAACCAGUUACCAAAGCUUACAAAGUACAGUUGCAUAAAUUAGUUUUAUAGAAAUAUUUGUACAGGUGUUAUUUGCUUUUGGUCAAAAUACAUAGUAACAAAUGUUACUGACAACCUUUUCUUGCUGUCAGCUGGUGCAUGAAAGCCAAGUUAG